AUGUUAUCCUACUCCCGGUGUCUCACCCGGAAUUUCGGUCGUUCUCUCUCUGUCAUUCGUCAGGUAGGCAUUAGAUAAAUGGAAAACUUUCACGCGGAGCCUCAUCAUGCUGCGGCCAACGUUGAGGUCUAGGUUAGCGAGAGGUGUAGAAGCGCCGCCCGUUGAGCAGUAGGCCGCGGUAGGCCUUCACAUUGCAAGCCAAGGACAGCAUGACACCCGAUUCCCCGGCAAGACAUUGGUUCAACCCGGGAAUCAAUGUGUCUGCACGGCGGGCUGUGCCAGGAUCGUCAGCUAGCUGUAGUGUCACUGUCAACAACCCUACGAAAUGUGAAGCCAGGUCCAGUGUCUUCCAAAUCAGAUACUUCAAGACAUCUGUAGCUUGCAGGAAUGAAGUCAUCACAGUAAAGACACCUGCAUUUGCAGAGUCUGUCACAGAGGGGGAUGUGAGGUGGGAGAAAGCGGUUGGUGAUUCUGUCAAAGAGGAUGAGGUGGUUUGCGAAAUUGAGACGGACAAGACAUCUGUGCAGGUGCCGUCUCCUGCUGCUGGGGUGAUUGAGGAGCUGCUGGUCCCUGAUGGGGAGAAGGUCGAGGGAGGACAGGCUCUCUUCAAACUCCGGAAAGGAGCUGUUGCUGCCCAAGCUGCAGAGGCCCCAGCAGCAGCAGUAGCAGCUCCUCCACCCCCCCAUGCUGCUGCCACAACUUCCUCUCCUGCUCCCUCUGCAGUGGGCCCCAUCCCUACCACUAUGCCCCCAGUGCCACCCAUCCCAGGAGCUGCGAUCUCUGCCACACCAGUUUCAGCCAUCAAACCCACUGCUGCUCCUGCUGCCCCAGCCGCUGUCACAGAUGGAGAGGGUAAACCAGUCAGGACAGAGCACAGGGUGAAGAUGAACCGUAUGCGUCUGAGAAUCUCCCAGAGACUGAAGGAAGCCCAGAACACCUGCGCUAUGUUGACAACAUUUAAUGAGGUCGACAUGAGCAACAUCAGUGAGAUGAGAAAGGCCUACAAAGACGCUUUCCUGAAGAAACACAACAUCAAGCUGGGCUUCAUGUCUGCCUUUGUGAAGGCUUCAGCAUACGCUCUGAUGGAACAGCCUGCCGUCAACGGAGUCAUUGAAGACACCACCAAAGAGAUUGUGUACAGGGACUACGUGGACAUCAGUGUGGCUGUUGCAACACCGAAGGGCUUGGUGGUGCCUGUUAUCCGUGGAGUGGAGAGAAUGAACUUCGCUGACAUUGAGAAGACCAUCAACGAGCUGGGGGAGAAGGCCCGUAAGAAUGAGCUGGCUGUGGAGGACAUGGAUGGAGGAACCUUCACCAUCAGCAACGGUGGCGUGUUUGGAUCCAUGUUUGGCACGCCCAUCAUCAACCCUCCGCAGUCUGCCAUCCUGGGAAUGCACGGUAUCUUCGAGAGGCCAGUGGCCAUCGGGGGCAAGGUGGAGAGCCGCCCCAUGAUGUACGUGGCUCUGACGUACGACCAUCGCCUCAUCGACGGCAGAGAGGCGGUCACCUUCCUGCGUAAGAUCAAGACUGUGGUAGAAGAUCCCAGAGUGCUGCUACUGGACAUGUGAGCCAGCCUCCCCAGAAUGGCUAAACAAACCAACCUACUGCCCUUCACACGCAGCAGCUAUACCUGCCUGAUUAACCUAAACUGCAGACGUUUUGUGUUGGUUAACUAGGCAAAGGGAUACUUGAAUAGACCAAAAGGUGCAUUGGACUUAUUGCAUGGGCUGAAAUGUUGAAAUAAUUGAUGCUAAAUGUUGUGUGUCUGGGGCAGGGAGAGGGAGAGGGUGUUGUACAUCUCAAAGCACCAUUUGCUAUUUUCUACCUACAAUAAAUAUUUGUCAAAUAAUUGGAAUAUAAAUGGCAAAAAGUUGCAUUAAGUAUUUUCACUGGCCUUUUCUGAGAUAACAAUUGUAACCUAUCACAAGAUGGACUGUGAAAACACUAUAUCCUAAGAUGUACAGGUUAUUGAUGCUUUGUUACACUGAUGAACUGACUGGGUCCUGACAUCUCAUUCACGCACACUCUUAAAAUCUGUUUAUGCUGUGUAAAAAAACAACUAUUUAAAGACAGUUUUUAAACCUUAA